UUUUUUUAAAUUAAGUCUAAAUAGAAACUGCCUCAAAAUAAUUGAAUGAUUGAAUGAUGAAUGAUUCUGUUUUAGGAUCUGCCUUACCACACUUGUUGGCUUUUUGUUGGUUCUGACAGCUGAAGCUGGUGUGGGGAGCUCAGAGGGAUCCGUCUGUAAUGAGACACCACAAUGUCUCCUGUUCGAGCGUAUUUGUAAAAGCCAAAACUUUGAGGUCCGUCGCUAUGGUCCUGUGAAAUGGGUGUGCACUUCAUUCAGUGCCCCCACUUGGAUGCUUGGAGUAGGGCCUGCAUUUUGGCGUAUGAAAAAUUACCUAGAUGAAAAUCAAAUUCCCAUGAAGACAGCUCCUGCCUUUAUUGAAAUGCCACCAGACGAUCCUCCACAGACACAGAACUCACAGUCUUCUUGGUUAGAUAAACUCAAGAACCUUUCAAAGUUGCUUCCCAAAAUACGCGAGUACACAAUCUGCUUUCUGCUCCCAAUGGAGAAUCAGAGCAACCCUCCGCAGCCCACCAACUCCAAGGUGAAGAUUGUGGAGACUGGAGAGAGAUACUUGUACGUCAGGCCCUACAAUGACUGGGUGAAAGCUGAUGCUGCUGAAGCUCAAGUCCUAUUCAAUAGUAUCAAUAUAACCAGCUAUGAAAAGCCCCACUAUGCCGUUGGCUACAACAGUCCAAUGAAUCCCAAUCCAUAUUCAGAAGUGUGGGUUGUGGUUGAUGGUGUGCCUCAAUGCUGAAGAAGGUGAAGAUACAAUAUACUCAAGCAAAGAGAAGAUAUACCUCACAAUACACUUUAAUAUACCUGAUCAAUGAAUAUAUAACUAGAUAUUUGUAAAGAAACAUUUAAUUCAUUGCAUUAGCUGUAAUUAGAAUAUCACAAACAUGUGGUGCUGUUUGAUCCUUGUCUAAAAUGACGCUGCUUUUUUAUACAAAAUUUAUCAUAUGUAUAGCUGA